UCCCAUAUUUUGGGCCGAAUCACAGGUGCCUUUGGAGCCCGGAAACGGGAGUCUGGAGCAUUUCCGAGUUGUCUCCACCGCGCAAGCGACGAGAAGGCGGCGCGCCACCACCGCUGCUGGCCUGCCGCCACGACUCGCCGGCAGACUAGGCUCCUAUGGCGCGCCGCCGCGUGCUGCUCUUCCUCAAGCCCUUCGACGUAUACCCUCCCCGCCCGUACGUCGGAGCUGCGGCCUCUUCUCCCACCUCUGCGCCCUCGUCACUGCCGCAACCGCGCGCCGCCAACCCCAAGGCUCCAGUGGGAGUGGGAAUCAGCAAUUUUCAUCGAGGGCCAGACAAAUAUGAUGACACCCUUAAGUGUGAUAAAAAAAGCGUCUUGAGCUAUCUGGAUGAUAGGUGCAGAGUUCACAAGGACACUAUUGAUCUCUGCCAGAGUGUCUUACAGCGCAAGUCCCUUGACUGGAUUGCUGUGCAGCGCAAUCAUUUGUGUCAGCCAAUACGUGAUGUGGAUCUUGUGGUUGCUGUCGGCGGCGAUGGCACCCUUCUCCGGGCUAGCCAUUUUUUGGAUGAUUCAGUUCCUAUAUUGGGUGUUAAUUCAGAUCCUACUUGUACUAAGGAGGUUGAGGAGCUAUCUGAUGAAUUUGAUGCAAGGAGGAGCACAGGGUAUCUUUGUGCAGCUACUGCAGGAAACUUUGAGCAGAUACUUGAUGUGACGCUUGAUGGCAGUAGGCGCCCUUUGGAGCUGUCAAGGAUAUCGGUGAAACUAAAUGGAAUUCAGCUGCCGACUUAUGCUCUGAAUGAUAUAUUGGUGUCACACCCUUGUCCAGCAAGUGUGUCGCGCUUCUCAUUUAGGAAAAGGAACAAUACAGGAGAGAACUCGCGUUUAAUUAAUUGUAGAUCAAGCGGUCUGAGGGUCUCAACAGCUGCUGGAUCAACUGCUGCCAUGCUAUCAGCUGGAGGAUUUACGAUGCCAUUAUCAAGCCGUGAGCUUCAGUAUAUGAUAAGGGAGCCCAUUUCUCCAAUGGAUGCCGACAAAGCAAUGCUCCAUGAUGUUCUUAAGCAAGAACAACACAUGCAUGUCGUGUGGUACAAUCAAGAGGGUGCUGUUUAUGUUGAUGGUUCACACGUAGUGCAUUCAAUUCAGCAUGGGGACUCACUUGAGAUAUCCUCAGGUGCUCCGACCUUAAAAGUUGUUUUGCCAGAACAUUUGCUAAAGAUGGGACCUGAAUGGUGAAAUAACAAUAUUUUUGUGAUGUUCCUUAUCUAUUUAAUAUGAUAUAGGAGUUGAGCA